ACUAACCAACUUUUCUUUUGACAGCUACAGAAGAUUUGUGUCAUGUUAGAUUUAGUAUUUUAUAAAAAGAAAAGAUAGAUUUUAUCAAUUUUAUAGCAAAGAAAUUAGAGCAACGUUAAGAUAAAUUAAAAUGGAAGGCCCUCCACCACCCAGAGAUGCCAGCCUUCGGAAUAUUAUAGAUAAACUGGCAGAAUUUGUCGCUAGAAAUGGUCCGGAAUUCGAAAUGAUAACUAAGCAAAAGCAACAAAAUAAUCCCAAAUUUGAGUUUCUAUACGGAGGAGAGUUUGCGGCUUACUAUCAAUAUAGGGUUCAGGCAGAGCAAGUUUUUUUGAAACAACAAGGACAGGGUCCUAAUGCGGCCGGUAUGAUGCAUCCACAGCAGCAAAUGCAACAAUUUCAAACACAACAACAACAAACACCACAUUUCACACAAGGACCUCCACCAAAUUUGUUACAUCAUCAAGGCAGCAAUCAAAUGAAUGAUGGAAAUAACUUUAGCAUAAAUCAACCGCCGCCCAAUCAUCAGCUGUGGAACAGUGGCCCGCCUGCACAACACAAUGCUGCGAUGUUGCAGCAGCAACAACGACCGCAGCCUCAGGCAUCCGCUGCAAAUGGUGGCGGAAACCAACAAUCGCUGACCAUGACAUUAACGGCACAAAUUGAAUCAAUCAAUAUGCAACAGAACUCAUUGCGAGAGCAAAUACGGCAAUCGGAAUCAAACUUAACUGCCCAACACACGGCACUGGUGAACCAGCAGAAGAAACAUAUUGAAGAGGCUAUAGAGGAGGCACAAAAUAACCAAUUGGAAAAACAGGCGGAGGAACAAAAUAUCUCCCUUAAAGAAUUCGAUGGCAUAUUGCAGCCUAUAAUUGAUGCAUGCACCAAGGAUAGUAUUUCCCAAGGCAAAAACUGGAUAUUACAGCAUUCAUCCGACAGCGCUAAAAACAAUGUCGUUUUACAAUAUCUUUUAAAGAAGGCCUUGGCAGAUGGUUCAACAUUUCAGCAAAAAUUACAUCUUAUAUAUUUAAUUAAUGAUAUACUACAUCAUUGUGUUCGGAAAAAUGCCAAUGAUCUGAAGAAUAGCCUAGAGAAUGUUGUCAUACCAAUGUUUUGCAGCGCCGAUUUAAUUGCCACUACGGACCAGCGGGCAAAACUGACCAAACUCUUGUCGCUGUGGGAAUCAAAGGCAAAAUUCUUUGAUGCAUGCGUUAUAUCAAAACUGCAAUCGCCGGAUUCCUCUAUGCAAGAGUAUAAAACAAAUUUGCAAAAUCUACAUCAUGAAACUACAUCCAAGUUUACACAGGCCAUUAAAACACAAAUGGAUAACUAUAAAAAGCAACAUCAGAUUUUCAUACAGCAUGCUGCCCAACAAAUAACACAGCUGGAGCAACAGAAACAGCAAAUAGAGCAACAAAUGCUGGCAACUGUGUUGCCUAAUUCUGGCCUAAUGCCAGUUUCAAAUACUCAGCAGCAACAACAACAACCACCUCCGCAGCAACAACAGCAGCAGCCACCACCGCAGCAACAAUCAGCCAUACCUUCCUUAAUGGGGCAAAAAAUAGCAAUGCCUAAUAUGAAUGAAUCCUCUGAUUCCUUUGCCAAUGCACAAAAUCAUUCGAAUGCGAUCAAUAACCAAUGCUUUGCGAAUGCACCAUCUGCAGCUAAUAACUUCUUUAUUCCGGACUUAUCGAAACCACCACCAGGUUUCCUAAAUCAACCAACGGCCGCGGCAGGUUCUGGCAAUUCACAACAAAUUCCAACAAUAAUGCAACCAUCGCCUUUUGCUCAAGUCAAUAGCAACAACAUUCCACAAAAUCAAAAUAUCAUCAAUGCUCCCCCCAAUGUUAAUGCAGGUGAUCUUUUGAAUAAUGUGUCCAAUUUAAAUGUGGAUCUGCGAAAUGUUACAGCUGCCUUGCAAAUGGUACAACAGCAGCAGCAACAACAACAACAGCAGCAGCAGCAGCAACAACAACAACAACCCCAAACACAACUCCAACAUCCAAUGCCUUUUGAUAAUGAAACCUCACAUAACAGUAGUAUGUUAAGCGAGGAUAACCAAUCAUCGCCGAAUCUACAGCCACUGGGCAACGAACCACAAGAGGAACAAAAAACAACAGCUGCCUAUUAUGAUUUACCCGCUGGUCUUAUGGUGCCACUUAUACGUCUAGAGGAUUAUAUUUACAAGCCAUUGGAUCCAAACGAUAUACGUCUGCCACCACCAGCACCCCAAAAUGAACGAUUAACAAAUGCUUUGGCUGCCUUCUACUCAUUGCCUACACACGAUAGACCCAGAGACUAUGAGGGCUGGGAAAAACUUGGUCUCUAUGAAUAUUAUAAAGUUAAAAAUGCUGCCCGAAAGCAAAAGGAGGAGGAUAUCAAAAAUGGAAUUAGAGAAAAAUCACGAUCUCCCAGUCCGAUUGUUUUGGAGAAACCAAAGCCCAAGAAAACCAACAAACGGUGUUAUCGCUCUAAAAGCCGUAGUCGGUCACGAUCCCCACGGAAAUCUAGAACGCGUUCUCGAUCACGUUCAAGAUCGCCAGUGCGUCCAGCCCCCAACCGCAGUGAUAGAGGUCGCAAUCGCUAUAAUAGAAGAAGUCGCUCUCCACCACGACGUUCACCACCACGCGACAGAGAGCGAGAACGUGAACGCGAUCGUGAGAAUGAUAAAAUCGAUCGAACAACAAAACGUGAACGAGAACGUUCGAUUACACCACCCAGCUUUUUCGGCAAUAAUUUUGCAAAGCAAAAUGAGUUCAUAGACGAAUCCAACAAAGGCCAUCAAAUGUUAAUGAAAAUGGGCUGGUCAGGCGCUGGUACCGGUUUAGGUACAAAAAAUCAGGGCAUUGAUCAGCCUAUUUCAGGUGGUGAAGUAAGAGAUCGUAAGGAUUUGUACAAGGGCGUUGGCAUCAAUAUGAAUGAUCCCUAUGAGAACUUUCGGAAAAAUAAAGGUGCUGCUUUUGUAUUUCGCAUGCGUACGCGUGACGAGAAAAGUUAAAGACAUUUAUAAUAAUACCUUUAAGUUAGGUGAUUAAGUUAACGCGUGUUUCUUUCUUUUUUUGUAAAAACAAACAUUGAAUUUUUAAGCACAUCUCGAUGGUAACUUCAUUUCAAGUUCGCUUUCUUGUUUUCAAUAUAAUUUCAUUAUUAGAUAUUAUGUUAAAGCUG